CGUCCCUCCGCCACAGGGCCACGGAGAUGGAUCAGGGAUCCGCCGCGGGCACCGGAGGGACCUUCAUUUCCCUGAGCGACACUGAGCAGAGAUGUUUCUCGGGGCUGUACGCUCUCUGUCAGCCCGACAGCAGCGGCAAACUGGCGGCGGGGAAAGUGGCGGAGCUGUUCCGGGCGUCGCAGCUGCCGGCCGAGACGCUGCACCAGGUAACAGAGGUGUGCGGUGCUAAGCGGCUUGGCUAUUUCGGCUGUGGACAGUUUUACGUGGCUCUGAAGCUAAUGGCCGCGGCGCAGGCGGGUUUGCCAGUACGUCUGGAGAGCGUCGCAGGUGAACUUCCUCUGCCUGUGUUCAUCGGGAUAACGAACGAGCUUGAGAUGCGUUACCCCAAUCACCCCUCGACCAAUGAGAUUCAGGCUCACAUCCUGGGCUCGCUACCAGGCUCCGCCCCUCAUCCCUCUGCAGACAGACCUGUCCUCAGACACCCUGACACCAGCAUGGACAAACAGGAGGCGUGGUCUCCACCGCGGUCACCUGGCAUCUCCCCGCCCCGCUCACCAUCAGCCUAUCGCAGCUAUCCAUAUGGUGCACAGAGAAACGGAACAGACACGCUAUUGGUGUAUGAUGGUAAAGUGGCGGGUCGUCCCAGCGUUCCUCAGGAAAACUCCUCUCCCAGUCAUUACUCUCUCAAAGUGCAGUCAGAGCAGCCUGUCAUCACAAGCGUUGCGUCUGUGGAGCGGCUGGUGGAGCGAGCGGAGAUGGAUUACUCCGACGACCCCUGGAGGAUCACAGAGGAGCAGCGAGAAUACUACACCAACCAGUUCAGGAGUCUCCAGCCUGACCUCAACGCUCUCAUCAUGGGAACUGUUGCAAAAAACUUCUUCACCAAGUCGAAGCUUCCAAUUCCAGAGCUGUCUCAUAUAUGGGAGCUGAGCGACGUCGACAAGGAUGGUGCUCUCACUUUCCCAGAGUUCUGCACUGCCUUCCAUCUGAUCGUGGCCCGGAAAAAUGGUUACCUUAUUCCUGAAACACUCCCCGCCACGCUGAGACCCGGCUUCAUGGAACCAGGUGUGGUUACAGCGCCACCAUCUGAGGCGACUGAACCGCUUAUUGUUUUUGAUGACCAUACGAUGCCCGGAGCCAAUCAGCUCGAAAUGGGUUCUGUUGACCUGCAGAUGACCUCUAGACCAUGUGAGACCGCUAAACAGGACACGAGAGAUGAAAGCAGGAAACCGGAAGAAUUCAGCCCAAAGAGAAUUCCAGACCCGCACGAAAAGCCAAUACAGCGUGUCAGCGCUUUAAAACCAGAUUCUCCACAAGAGCUUGAUGCAAACAUGAAGUCAAGAACACGGCCCAGGUCGUAUUCCAGCACCUCCAUAGACGAUGCCAUGAAGAAGGUGGAGGAGCCGCCCACUCCUCCUCCUCGACCCCAGAAGACUCAUUCCCGCGCCUCCUCUCUCGACCUCAACAAGCUCUUCCAACAGAGCGCUCAAGGUGCUAAAAGUGGAUGUUUGCCUCGUCCUCCAGCUCUCCCUCCACGACCCCCAGCUACACAGAUCUUCAGCUUCCUCCCUGGCUCAGAGAAGAGUUCCCAGAAGGCUGUUCAGCAGCCAAACUUUGCAGAUUUCAGCAAAUUUAGGGAGGAGCAGGAGAGCAGCGUGAGAGGAGGUCUGAGCACAGAGGACCUGGCGCCUCCCAAAUCGGAUUCUACACUGAGACAUCAAGGCCACACCCCUCAGAAGCCAGUGCGAAGAAAGCUCCACCCCGAAAGUCAGAGUGUCACGCCCCCAUCGGACACGCCCUAUCCUGCUGCAACAUUGACCAAAUCUACACAGAGGCCUCCACCCAAGCAGAAGAGAGAGAUCCAGAUGGCCAUAAGGAAGAACCGAGAAACCAACGCAGUCCUGACACGUCUCAACAGUGAACUACAGCAACAGCUUAAGGUUGUGCAUCGGGAGCGAGUUACUCUGGAAUCCCAGCUGGAGUUACUGCGGCCCGUGGCGUCUACCUGACCCGACACGCGCUCGCCGUGCCUCUCUUUCUGUCUCUAACACUGUGAGGUGGCACAGGAUACGCACUUUAAGUGACCAAACUCUUGGGACGCCACAAACACUGUGUCAGAAGCAGAGGAAGAGGAUUCUACCUCCACGGGAGAAUGUGAAGAAUUCUAGGAAGUUUGUUCAGUCAAAAAACUCUCUUGGUUUAGUUGGUUUUGGGUUUGUGUUUGUGUGUUCCUGCCUGUUUUACAGCAGAAUCAUGCUAACACCGCUAACCGCUAGUUACACAGACUAAUGCAAAAGAAAAGGUUCAGUAUUUCACUUAAUUCCAGGAAACUGGAAAUCAGUUUAUGGUUUAUCCAAUGGAUCUGGUUCUAUAACUGCACAAAUGCAUCGAGUAAUGAUUUAAACUGUUUUUUUUAUGUUCCCAUAAUUUUAUAAAACAUGAAUUUGUUUGAGGCUAAUCCUGUUCUACCAAGAAUAAGCUUAUAAGGGUGAAUAUCAUGAAAAAGUCAAGAAACAUUUCACCCCAAAAUCAGAAGAAAAACUGAAUUAGAAUUAGAAUGUCUAUAUAUAUAAUUAUUAUUUUAUCUAUUAAAAUGAACAUGUGUACGUGUAUACGUGAACGUAUAACAUAUAUAUGUGUAUGUAUGUGUGUGUGUUCAAAUCAAAUUAUAUAUGUAU